CUGUAUUUUCAUGAUUCUCGUAUCCUACAAGCAUGAAUAUAGCACCCAGAAACCGAUUAGCCCACCGAACCUUUUUUGAUUUAUCCAGGGCCGCCACAGUGCGAGAAAGUGCGGCAGUUCGAUUACGUCAGGCUGCCAAAGAUGGUAACAUGGCCGCUGUCAAACGACUCAUUACACAAGUGGCCAACAUUCAAAAUCCUGAUCCUGAUAACGGCUAUACUACCCUCAUGUAUGCAGCUCAACAUGGUCACCUCGAACUGGUAGAAUUCCUGCUGGAAAUGGGCCACGAGGAAGAAGUGAUAUCCGUGGAUAAUGAAGGCAUUACCGUGCUCAUGAUUGCCGCCAUGCAUAAUCACGAAGAGAUAUUUUACAACUACGUGAUACGAUACCCCGAGUGUAUCCAUGCCAUUAGCAAAAAUGGGUGGACCGCUUUAUUAUAUGCAGCGGAAAAUGGCAAUGCCAAUCUUGUCAACUACCUGCUAUCUAUAUCCGCCGACAUUGACCAUGUGGAUAAUGAAGGCAACUCGGCUUUACAUCAUGCUUCGGCUUGGGGUCACACCACCGUGAUGGAGUUACUCGUGCUUAUGAUUAUGCUUACAGCAGUGCUGUGCAAGAUUAUUUAAAAGCACUUUCACAAAUGCCAUUGAACGAUGAUUCUUCCUUCUCCCUAUCACAUUCUUUAAAAUACAAUGCCUCGGCUCGUCCAUACCCAUCUU